CGGAGCCGUUGGAGUCGUCGUGCCAGCCAGACGAGUUCCCGUGGCCCUUCAGGAAAGAGUCAGGGAAGAGCUCAAGCGCAUGGAAGAACAAGACGUGAUAACUAAGAGAGAGGUUCGCUAUCUUGGGCACUUGCUCACUGCCGAAGGCUUGCAUGUGGACCCCCAACGUGUAAAGGACAUUUUAGAAAUGCCGACACCAAAGAACUCCUCUGAACGUGCGCUGCAAGACUUGCCUCAAGCCACCAAUGAGGACGCAACCCUGGGCAAGCUCCGCGAAUAUGCAAGUACAGCAUGGCCGCUUCACAAGCAAGACGUCCCCGAGCCACUUCGGACGUACUGGGAGUACCGGGACGAGAUACACGAACAGGACGGUCUCGUAUUCCGGAGUAACAAGGUAAUCGUGCCACAAUCGAAGACAUCAGAAAUGAUGAGUACUCUUCACUCAGCGCAUGUGGGAGUCGAAAAAAAAUGAAGGCUAGGGCAAGGAACGUGAUGUUUUGGCCGAAUAUGUCGGGCAACAUCGAGCAGUUCUGCAAAGCUUGCAAAGUAUGCCAAAAGCAUAAACCUCAAAAUCCUAAGAUGCCACUUUUGAGUCACGAGGUACCCUCGCUACCAGGGCAAGUUGUUGGCAUAGAUUUGUUCUCUUUCGAAGGCCGAGAGUUCACCGUCAUUGACGACUUCUACUCGUUCUUCAUUGAAAUACGAGAGUUUCGUAUGACAACGGCGAGCGCGCUUAAAACAUAGUGUUCAGAAUUUUUUUCCGUCCAUGGCUUGCCAAUAAAGUUGUGCAGUGAUAAUGGCCCGCCUUUUAGCAGUCAUGAGUUCAAGGAGUUUCUGAACACUUUGGGCGUUGCUCACGUAAACUCAAGCCCCUACCUCCCGCGGUCAAACGGAAUGAUGGAAAGAGCGGUACAGGAGGCAAAAAAAGCUUUUGAAAAAGUGCUCAUUGAAAAUGCCCGUGUUUCAAAUGGCUUUGCUUGAGUUGCGCAAUACUCCACGUGAUGAUGUGCUCUAUUCCCCUGUGCAGAGGCUGAUGUGACGCCAUACUAGAACUCUGCUACCGGUGCCUACCAGCCAUUUGGAGCCGAGGAACAUCCCACCGAAAGUGGUACAGUGCCGCCUUCAAGAAAUACAACGACAGAAGACCUACUGCAACCGCGGUAGCAGAACACUACCGACUGUGAAGCCAGGCCAGCAGGUCACCGUAUAUGAUACAAACCAGCGGACCUGGGCACCUGCAGUCUUCAUUAGACCGAUCGGGGAACCCCGCUCGGCCAUCGUUAAAACAGAAGACGGCCGGGAAUUUCGGCGCACAAGAGAG